UUCCCAUCGUGCCUUGCGCGCAGUGCGGCCCGGUCUGGUUGCCAUGGAGCGUGCCGCGGUGCUUCGCGUGAAGAGGAAGCGCGGAGGGCCUGUACCGGCCGAUGCCUUGGUCUUGGCCUGCAAGCGGUUCCGGACUGAGCAAGGCGCCGCCACCGCCUCCUCUUCCGGCCAGGAUGAAGUGGAGAAGAAUCUCUUCAAGCUGGUGGCCACCGUGGCCUCGGAGAAUGAGCCUGUUCAGAAGUACAUACAAGAAGCUCUUACCAAAGACAAAGCAACCCAGCUCCUGCGACCUUCACUAGGAAGUGCCCAGAGGGUAAUUGAGGACCUUCGCUCUUCCAAGCAGGCCAUAAGGCAGGAAAGCCGCUAUCGCCUGAUUGCCAGCCACCGUCCAAAUCUCAGCGAUGGCGAAAGUUCUAUACUUGAUGCAAAUGGGGAGGAGUUGAGUGAAAGCAAUCCGUUGGUCUCUGGAGCGAAGAAAGUCACUUCUCAGAAAGGAAGUGAUGGUACCUCAGGUUGCUGUGGAGAAUUUCAGUUGCUUGAUAUUGUACAAGAGGAAGAUGUGGAAAAAGACACUUUGCAGAAAGCAGGCGAUCCAGAUGUGAUUCUCUGCAAUGCUGUAGAGAUGAUUCGUCAGCGUUUAACAGUCUCUGACAGUAGUAAAGAAGCAGAGCACAGCUCGAAGGAAGUAGAGGAGUAUGUUUAUGAUAUCUACUGUAUGGAAACAGCAUCCUCAGGUUGGAUUGAGAACAUAUUGUCUGUGCAGCCCUACACCCAGGAUUGUGAACUGGUGGACGAAGAGCAAAUCUCUGAAGAAAUAUAUGAGGAUGAGGAUGAUGAGAACAAUGAGAGUAACUGGCGCAAUGACUACCCAGAUGAAGAUGAAUUUCUUCCUGAGGAAGGUGAAGAUGGAUCGGAGCAUGGGAGCAUCAGUGAUGAAGAUUGUGGGUAUAUCAGGAGAACAUGGGAGAAAUAUCACGCUGAUGUCCUACAGGAGUUUGAAUAUGAUGGAAUGCAGGAGCUGGAUUCUGAAUAGUUAACACUGUGAACCUUAGUACCUCGGAGGCUCACUUUCUAUGUGGCCUUAGAAGACCAUGGCAUCACAACCUCACAGGUCAUGCCACUUACAUACAAUAAAUGUUGUGUCUCUUGCUUACAGAAGGCUUCAUGACAAUAGUCAACUUAUAUUCCUUAAGUGGAGUAAUCUAAUCGCUGUUCUCGCAACUGUUUUAUUUUUGUAUUUACCAUGUUGAAAUGGUUGAAGGCUACUUUGAAAUUAAGCAUGGGGAUUUCAAGAAGAAAUCCCUUCCUCAAAGAAAAGUUGUGAAAACUGGAAAUGUGGACAAAACGAGAGAAAAGCAUGUGUAUGAAUGGCUCUUGCCGUGUCUGUCUCUCCUGUUGUAAAAAAAUCGGAAAGAAAACCAUGACUUGUGUGUAUUUUUGAUCUUUGCACUUUAGUAUUACUGGACUGCCAAGUAAUAUGCAAUUUUUAAAUAUGUAAAUAAAAGGCGUUUGUUUUUCUUGAA